AUGGAAUCAUGCAAGCAAGCAAGUGAAUUAGCUAAUAAUAUCGUAUACAAUGCUAUUCUCAUUGCUGCAAUUAUCACUUCAGCGACAGCAAUUAUUGUUGAAAUUUGGGUAAUAUUUAAAACAUCAAAUCGUAUUUUACUCCAUCAAAAUGCUCGAAUUUUGAUUAUCACACAUCAGUUAUGGCUCAUUCUUCACUGUGUUGCAAGCUCGACAAUUUUGAAUGCAUCAAAUUAA